AUUAAACGAAUGGAUAUCUUUGCUUUCGAUAUUUUCUGAAUUAGCAAGAAUCUUUGUAGGGGAUCCGACAUUGUCACCAUCAUCAUCACCAUGACCAAUGAUAUCAAGCCUAUCAAGAUUUGGGGCCGUGGGGGCCCAAACCCUCCGAAAGUCGCUAUCGUACUCGUGGAGCUGGACCUUCCACAUGAAACAAUCCUGCAGCCUCUUUCCAAAGUCAAAGAACCAGAGUACCUCGCAAUUAAUCCCAAUGGUCGCGUCCCAGCGAUUUACGAUCCGAAUAAUGACUUGACCCUUUGGGAGUCCGGAGCAAUCAUUGAAUACCUUAUCGAAAAGUAUGAUACUUCGAAUCGAAUCAGCUUCCCUGCAGGCAGCAAUGAAGCACAGCUUGUGAGGCAAUGGCUCUACUACCAGGCCAGUGGCCAAGGUCCGUAUUUUGGACAGGCAAGCUGGUUCAAAAAAUUCCACCCUGAGCGCGUUGCCAGCGCACUUGAGCGAUACGUGAACGAGAUCAAUCGUGUUACAGGUGUAUUGGAGGGAUGGCUCGAAAAACAGAAAGUGGAGCAUCCUGGCGCUGCCGACGGACCGUGGCUUGUUGGCGGCAAGUAUACGGUUGCAGAUUUGGUGUUUGCGCCUUGGUACACAGUUCUUGGGUAUGUCGUCAAGGGAGAGGAUGGCUUUGAUAUUGAAAACUUCCCCGUUGUCAAGGAUUGGGUUGGGAGAAUCUCAGCUAGAUCAGCAGUCAAACAAGUUUUCGCCAACAUUCAGCCUAUUUUGUAGGUCGGGAAGCUGAAGAGAGCGAUGUGAAAUGUGCUUUGCACAGAACAGCCAUGAUAUAGACACAUUUACAUCGAUAUGAGUUAACCAGACACUGCUGCAAUAACAAAGAGUUUGAUCCGACUCUCUUCUUUUGUGCUCGCUAGAUAGUCGACCAAUACCGCCUG